AUGCAUCUUUGUAAAGGUAAUGACGAUGAUGAUGAUAUUAUUAUUUCAUCGGCUGUCAAUGAUCAACAACCGAAACAACAACAGCAGCAGCAGCAACAGCAGGAGGAACAGAAUUGUCCAAUUUUACACAAUAAUAAUACUGUGACAACAACAAUGUUGACUUCAACACCGGUUACAAUUGAUUGUAGUGGUCAUCAUCAUCAUCAUCAUCAUCAUCAAUUGUUUCAAAAUAAUUCUGUGAAUAAUACCAAUAAUAAGCUGAUAAAACCGAUUUCAAAUAUAAUGUAUGAUCAUCAUCAUCAAUUAACCAAUUCAAUUUGGUCAACAGAAAACGAUGGUGAUCAUACAUCAAAAACAUCAACAAAUACAAUGGCUACCGGUGGUGGUGGUGCUGGUAAUGGUGUUGAUUCAAGCUAUGAUUCUGAUCCAGAAUCAUCACAAAAUAGUGAAUUAAGAAAAUUAGUCACUGAUCUUAUUGAUUCUGGUAAUUCAACAACACCAGAUCAAGAUACAGAUGUUGAUCUAGGAUUUCGACCACAAACAAAUGAUCUACAACAACACCAGCAACAAUCACAGCAACAGUUAUUAUCGUUUGCAGAAUCUAAUCAAUUCGAUAAUAUUGAUCCAUUAUCAUCAUUUCAUCAUCCACAACAACAUCAUCAUCAUCAACAUCAACCUCUUGGAUGUUCAAUAUCAUCAUCGAUAUUGCUCAAUUAUAAUUCAUCCAAUGUUGGUGGUAGUGGUGGUGGUGGUGAUGCUGCUAAAUCAACUGUUGGUAAAACUUUAUCUAGUCCAGUAAUUGGAUCAUCAUCAUCUUCAUCAUCUACAUCUAAUAAUAAUUCCAAUUUAAAUGUCAAUAAUGGAAAUAAUUUGACCACAGCAACAAAUAUUUCAACAAAUAAUCGAGCUAGCAUUAGUGGUGGUAUUGAAUUACGUCCAAUCGUAAUUGAUGGCAGUAAUGUUGCUGUAAAUCAUGGUAAACAGAAAUAUUUUUCAUGUCGUGGUAUUGAACUUUGUGUGGAUUGGUUUAAAUCACGUGGCCAUCAAAAUAUUGCUAUAUUUGUGCCAUCAUGGAGAAAAUCACCAAAUGCCGAUUUUGAUCUUCCUGUUAAAGAUCGUGAAAUUCUUCUUAAACUUGAACAAGAUGGUCUAUUAUAUUUUACACCAUCACGUAAUGUAUCUGGUCGUAUAUUGGCAUCAUAUGAUGAUCGUUAUAUAUUGAAUCAUGCAUUAAAAAAUGAUGCUAUAAUCGUAUCGAAUGAUCUCUAUCGUGAUCUAGUUGCCGAUAAUUUAGAAUAUAAAAAACUUGUUGAUGAACGUUUAUUAAUGUAUCUAUUUGUUGAAGAUGAAUUUAUGCCACCAGAUGAUCCACUUGGUCCACAUGGACCAUCAUUGGAUAAAUUUCUAUCAAAACCAUUGUCAUCAGAAAAUGUUCGUAAUAUUGCCAAAUUCAAUAAGAUUUGUCCAUAUGAUAAAAAAUGUACAUAUGGUAAUAAAUGCAAAUAUUAUCAUCCAGAACGACAAAAAUUACCAUCAACAUCGACAACAAAUUCAACAUCGUCAUCAUCCACGUCAUCAAUAUCAACAUCAUCUUCACAAUGUUCUACAACAAUAGCAAAUAAUAAUAAUAAUAAUAAUAAUUUGAUUGUAAUGCAAUCAAAAUCCAAUGAUUUUCAUUCAUCCGAUUCAUCAUUAAUAACAAAUAAAAAUAAUGGUCAACAGACAAACAAUAGCAAACAACUUAGAAUGUUAAAAAGUUUACCAUUAAAUCAUCAUUCAAAAAAUUCUCAAUCAUCAAGUUCAAAUAAUAAUUUGGCUAAUAUUUGGUCUAGCGCUGAUAAUAGUAGCGGUAUACUUAUACCUGGUACAUCUGGUAUGUCGAUGAAUACGAUGCAGAAGAAAACAUUGUUUCGUACCAAAUCCAGUGUGUCAAUAGAGCUUCAAGAAAAACAGCAACAACAACAAUCACAACAACAACGGAAUCGUAUUAUCAAUAACAAUGAUAAUGGAACAAAUAAUAGCCAACAAUCAAAGAAUAAAUCAACAAUUAAUCAACAACAAUCACAUCGAAAAUUAGAAAGACAAUUAACAUUAUAUUCUGAUGCUGAUCCACGAUUACCAAAUCUGUUUCCAGUAUCAACAAAUAAAGAAAAAUUAUCACAGGCAAAAAGCUGGAAUAUGGUAAUCGGUGGUGGCCAUCAUAACCAAGGAACAAACAAUCAAAACGGUUUAUUAGUACAAACAUUAUCUAAUUCAAUGGCAACAUUAUCAUUUUCAUCUUAUGGUGGUGGCGAUAGCCAACAACAGCCAUAUAAUAAUCAACAAUCUUCAACAAAUUCCAUUCGAAAUCCAUUGAAUACACAAUCAUGUCGAACGAAUACAACAACAACAACCAAUCAAUCACCAAUUCAAUUUAAUCAUCAUAAUUCUAAUCAACAUCAUCAUCAUCAUCUUCAUCAUCAUCAUCAUCAAAAUCAUCAACAGCAACAAACGGUUAAUAUACAUGGUAAACCAUUGAUGAUUAAAUCACAUUCAUUAUCAUCAUCGAAUGAUAUUAUUCCCAUAGAUUUAGGCACUGCCACAUCCGCAACAAUUGAUCCGCAUACAUUAUCAUCAUCACAUUAUAUUUCACAACAACAACAACAUCAUCAUCCACAUAAACAAUCAUCACAAUCACCUUAUCAUCAGAAAUAUUCCAAUAUUACAACAUUAAAUAUCAACAAUACAACAAAUCGUUCGAAUCCUAUUGCAGCCGCAUUAAUUGAUGAUCAAAUUGUUCAUCAUUAUCAUCCGCAACAACAACAACAACAACCACAACAACAUCUAAUUAAUUUAAUAUCAACACAAGAAUCUUAUCAUAAUUCUCAUCAUCUUAAUCAUUAUCAUCAUCAUAAACAUCAACAACAACAACAUACACAGCAAUCAAAUUGGCAAUCAACACAACGACAACAAAAAACGGAUGUAGAUAUGUCAGCUGGAUUAUCAUCAACAUCAAACAUUGAUCAUAAUCAUCUUAUUAAUCAACAAAAUCAUCAUUAUCAUAAUCAAUUAGUGGGCCAAACAUUGAUUGAUCCAUUAUUACAACAAACCGAUCGUAAUGUUACAAUUCAACAACAACAACAACAACAACAAUUCAAUGUAAUACGUUCGAAAAUCUAUUAUCAUCUAUCAUCAUUAUUUCCAUCGGAAAUUGUCUAUAAAGCGAUGAUAAAAAUGCCAAAUGAAACUGAUCCAAAUAAAAUUUGUGCUGUUAUAAUCAAUAUGAAUUAUGAACAAAAUACAGCUACAGCUACAGCUAACGUCACUGCAUCAGUCAUAGCAAUACAAUCAACAUCAAAUACGGCAACAACGGUAACAACCACACAGAAUGAUUCAUCAGCAACAUUAUCAACAUCAACAUCAUCAUCAUAAUAAUCUUAAUAAAAAAAAAGAAAUGAAAAAAAAAAUUCCAAAUUCCAUUCUCUUUAAUAUCUCAGUUGAUGAGAAAUUUCUUUCUAAUCUUAAUUUUUUCCCUUUCCAAUCAUAUUUCCUUAUUCAAAUCAGUCAUUAUUAUUGAAAAUUAAUCAAUUGAUUGGAAUAUAAGAGAAAAAUUCCGCAAUCAUAAUCAUCAUCAAUUAUUUUUAUUUUUACAUUUACAAUGAUGACCACAAAUUCUAUGAUUUAUGAAAAAAUCGAUUUCACCGAUAAAAAAAAAUCCUAUGCCAAUCUUUAAAUAUAUUU